GGCGCGACCUCUAUGCUACGCCUUCCCUCCUCUCACUCUUCGUCUCAUUUAAUUGACUCCGCGUCAGGGGCGGCGGAUUUAGGCAGCCGGCGAUCUCGAUGGAGCAGAUCGUAGCAUCACUUGCCUCUUUGGUGCGGCCGCCGCCCCCGCCGCCGCCGUCAUCCCGUGAGCAGAUCGUCAUGGAGAAACCAAGAGAGGAGAAGGAGAGAGAACUGGGAGAAGUGAGGAGGAAGCCUCUGGAGAGGACGGUGGAGGUUAAAGGGGGAGGAUGGAUCCUCAUCCUCGGCGGACUCCUCGUCGCAUCCGCCGCCGCCUCCAUCGUCGCUCGCAGAGCGCAAUCAAAGCGAUCGGCGAAUGAGAAAGGUGAGGGCUUGGACGGCGAUGAAAUACAGGGAAAGGGCGACAUUGAUAGAUCAAUCAGCGUCCAGGAGGAUGAUUCUGUCAAACCAAAGGAAAGUUUUUUGGAUGAUGAAGAACUUCCUAUUUGCAGCAAGCCUGUGAUGAACCACCUCAGUGAUAUAUUUUUGAGGCAAAGAGACUUGGCACUGCAUAAUGAAAUAGGGGAAAAAGAUAUUAGCUCAACUGAUCAAUGUGGAAAUUAUGAGCCUCAAGAACAAGUUCAGCAAAUCUUAGAAAACUCUCAAUCUGUUCUCGUAGAUGACACAAAAGAAGAAGACGACGAAGAAGAGCCUAUAUUGGUUGAUUAUCACAUGGAUGUAGUGAGAAACCAGAGAGUAUCAGUCUUGGAGAAAACAGAGUUUGUUUAUGUCGGGAAAGUAGGAAAAGUAGAAGUUAUGUCAGUUCUGAAAUCUGAGUUAGAGAUGAGCCAGCAGCAAUUUGAGGAGCUUUUAGAUGCACAUGAGAUCGCUUUAAUCCAUGGAGAAAAAGAUGAUCAAGAAGAUUCGGAACAUGGAAUGAACCAUCAUCGCCAAACUGAGCUGGUUGUUCAGAGGUUGAUACCUGCAUUGGGCAAUGAAGAUAAAGAAGAUGAGUCCUCACCAAGGAAGCACAAACUGAUGCAAAUGAGGAAGUGCGAUGCAAUAAACAUGGCAAACAAGAAUGUUGGAGCUAUCAUGAUAGAGAGAGACGAAGAAGAUUUAGUUUUUGCAGGGAAAAGUUCACCCAGAGAAUUUGAGUUUGAGAUGGCUGAGAGCAAACCUAAUGUAUCAGGAGAAUCAGAGCCGUUUGCAGCAAAGGUAAUGGAUGAACAACAAGAAGAGGCAGCACCACAAGGUGUACUUGAAGAGACAAAUUCUCAGUUGCCGAUAAACCAAGAGCAGACUGAACAAUUUUUAGACGAAUGUAACCACAAAAAUGUUGAAGAGAUAUUGCUUGUUGAAUCUGAGCCUGAGAUAAACCGUCGCCAAACUGAUCAGAUUUUGGAGGAAUGGACUGAUCAGAUUUUGGAAGAGUUGGAGCUUUCCUCGGUCAAUGAACAAAAGGAGUCAUCUGAGUCUCAGAUCCAGAUGACCGAGUCCAAUUCAGAAAUGUUGACAGAAUCAGAGUCUUUAUCACUGAAUGAAGAUGGAGGGGAAGAGGUCAAACCAUCAUCAACUGAACUUCAAGAAGAGACAACAUCUGAGGUGGAGAUGAGCCAACCACAAAAUGAGCAACAUUCAAAUGAUGCAAAGCUAGAAAAAGAAGAAAUUGAAGAAAAAAACAUUGCUACUUGCAUUGAAGGGAGGAAGAAGAUCACAGAAAAUAUGAUGGCAGAAAAGCUCAUGACAAUUAGAGAGAAGGCAGUGAUAUUAGAGAAAUUCCUAAUGGAUAUUCCUGAAAGAUUGCUACUUGCAUUGCUGGUGAUGGCACUGACACUAGUGCUUCUUUCUUUCUUUCUUGAAAAGUGAUGGCUCCCAGUAAAGCCCUCUCACCAGCCCUCCCUAUUGGUUCUAUCAGGUCCUUUUGUCCCUCUAAUAAGAAUUUACAGAAAAUAUAGCUGUAAUUUUUUGGUUCUAAAAUUACUUCUUGGCAUAGUUUUGCCCUGUUAUUUGCAUCAGAAUCACGUAAUGUCUCUGUUUACAGCCAAGAAAUUAUUCCAAGGUACCAAUUUGUGUCUGAA